AAUAAUCAGAGUGAAUGAUAUUUUAUCAUAAAAAAUUCAAUUAUUUAAUGUCUAAUUGCAUUUUGUAAUGAUUAUUCUUGUUUAUAUAUGCCUCAUUUCAAUAUUGAAUAUAACUUUCAUCAUGACCAUAUUCUUGAUAGGGAACCUGUUGAGCUUCCCUCAGUGGACAUGUUUGUGACAACUGCGGACCCUGUGCUAGAACCUCCUAUCAUCACUGUAAAUACAAUGCUCUCUUUGUUGGCAGUAGAUUACCUAGCUCACAAGCUUGCUUGCUAUGUCUCGGAUGAUGGCUGUUCUCCUCUUACCUACUAUUCCCUUGUCGAGGCCUCAAAGUUUGCCCAACUUUGGGUACCAUUUUGUAAAAUGUAUGAUAUUCAAGUUAGAGCUCCUUUUAGAUACUUUUCUAAUGAUCAGGUUAUAACGCUCAGUAAUAGCACAAAGGAGUUCCAACAUGAAAGGAAAAGGAUGAAGGACGAGUAUGAGCAUCUUUGCCACAAAAUUGAGGUUGCGGUCCAAAAAUCUGUGCCAACUUGUGAUUUUACCGGGGAUUUUGCAGAAUUCUCUAGUGUACAAUGCAACAACCAUCCAACUAUUAUCAAGAGGUCUUUUGCAUUUACCAAAUAG